CCAGAUAACUACCUCCUCGCCUGGCACACACCUUUCAACGAGAAGGGUCAGGGAGCGCUUUCUUCUCCCCAUAAAGCGCAUGUGGGACGGCAGCCUGGACACUAACCCGUGUGCCGUCCACUAACCAGCAACACCGCAGGGUCAGGGUUCGGAGCCGCCACCAAAGCCAUGUGCAUCGGCAUGCGGUACUGGAAGCCAGAGCGCUUGGAGACACUGGUGGAAGUGAGCGUCGAGUGUGGCAGGAUGACCCACAACCAUCCCACAGGCUUCCUCGGGUCCCUGUGCACGGCCCUGUUUGCGUCGUAUGCUGCGCAGGGCAAGCCGCUGGAGCAGUGGGGCAGGGACAUGGUGCGGACAGUCCCGCUGGCCGAGGAGUACUGUAAGAAGACAAUCCGGCACCUGGCAGAGUACCAGGAGCACUGGUUUUACUUUGAAGCUAAGUGGCAGUUUUACUUGGAGGAGAGAAAGAUCAGCGACGACACGGGGAGCAAAGCCAUCUUCCCCGACCGGUAUGACGCAGAGGAGAGGGACAAGGCUUACCGGAAAUGGAGCUCGGAAGGCCGAGGGGGCCGGCGGGGCCACGAUGCCCCCAUGAUUGCCUAUGAUGCUCUACUCGGAGCCGGGAACAGCUGGACGGAGCUCUGCCACCGGGCCAUGUAUCACGGAGGCGAGAGCGGGGCCACGGGGACCAUUGCGGGCUGCCUGUUCGGGCUGCUGCAUGGCCUGGACACGGUUCCCCCGGGCCUAUACCAGGACCUGGAGCACAGGGAGGAGCUGGCACGCCUGGGCGAGGCCCUGUACCGCCUGUCCACAGAGGAGAACUCCAAGCACAGCAAGACUCGUGGCAGCGAGAAGCCUGUUGACGUCCAAGCCCUGAGGAAGAAGGUCAGCAGCGUGACGUGCGGCCCGGCCACCCGAGCCGUCCUCAGCAGCCUGCUGCUCUAUAUCACUGACCUCCAGGACAGGCCCCCGGAGCCGCCCGCCAUGAGGGCAGAGGGCGGGGAGAGCAGGGCCGGCCACUCACCUGAGAGCCAGGGCGCCCACCGGCGACCCACGUGCUUCCAGCUCCUGCAGGCCAAGUUCAUGGGCACAGGCCAUGAGCCCCGCCUGAAGAAGGCCCGGGAGGUAGGGAGGCUGAUCUCCAAGGACAAGCAGGGCCCCGGCAGGAGCUUGGUGGCCGCUACCAUCAACAAGCUCCUGGACAAGGCCCGGGAGGGGGCCAGCCGCCCCACGCAGGACAGGGAGCCGGCCUCCAGCCAAAAGCCCCGGCAGGGGCUCUCCGCAGGGAAGGGCACCGUGAAAAACAUUCUGAAGAUAUUCUUGGCCGCUGAGAAGAAGGAGGUCUGUGAGGAGCCCACAGCGGCCAAGGGGCCUCUGCCCAAGCCCACCAAGAGGGGCUCCAUGCUGUCCAAGCUGCGGGAGAAGUUCGAGCAGAGCGGUUGUCUUUGCUCCGAGGCUGGCGUGCUGCCGCUCCGCACGGAGGGGAGGAAGAAGAAUCUGGUGAGGAGGAAGAAGCACCGGCCGGAGACCCGCACGCUCAGCAUGGCCACCAUUGCCAGCACCUGCCUCGGGACGCCGCUGGCCCGCUUCCUGGCCUGCACCGCGGAGCCCGUGCUGGCCUUCAACAUCGCCACCGUCGUCUGCGGCCCCCGGAGCUGGCUGUCCCACUGUGCCAAAAUCAGCCAUUCCCGGCAAGGGCACGUGCUCAGGGGAGGAACAGGCGCGUCCCCCACCAUGGGGGUCAUAGGAGAUGGACAGGGACAGCCUGGUGGGGAACCCACACAGGCUCCAGCACCCUGGGCCACGGCUCUUGGGGACAGCCUGGAAAUGGCAUUCCUGGGUGAGGGGGCCAAGCCCAUCCCCGGGCUAGCCCCCUCUCCUGCCUCCCACAGGGGUGGGCCCCUUCCUGGUCAUGAGCCUGCGGGGUCACUCCUCAAACCAGCCAGCCCAGGGCAUGCCAGGGCAGUGGGAGGCAAUGGGAUGGGGAACCCUCCUGCAGGGGACACCGCACAGCACACCAUGGUGCCUAGGGAAGCUGGGCCAGGCCUAUGGCCUGGGCUCCAGAGCACAGGAGCCAGGAUGGCCCCCAAGUUUGCCCUGACAGUUUGCAGUUCUGAGGGUGAAACAGAAGGAGUGAGUCUAGGCUCGGAAGAAGACCCCCUGUUCCCGCUCCAGGAGACUUUCCUGGAACAGAAGGUAGUGGGACAUAUCCCGCCACUUCCAGCACCUGCAGUCCAGGCCCUGCAAGGCACACAGUCAGCCCUGGAGUCUCCCCAGGUAACUGUCACCCGGCCAGUCACAUAUCAAAUGCCACCACCUCCUGCCACGCUGCCCAAGGCCAUGGUGUCUCCCCACGUGACUGUCCCACGGCUGGACACGUGCCAAGUGCCACCACCUGCUGCCACGCUGCCCAAGGCCAUGGUGUCUCCCCACGUGACUGUCCCACGGCUGGACACGUGCCAAGUGCCACCACCUGCUGCCACGCUGCCCAAGGCCGUGGCGUCUCCCCAUGUGACUGUCCCACGGCCGGACACGUGCCAAAUGCCACCACCCGCUGCCACGCUGCCCAAGGCCGUGGCGUCUCCCCUCGUGACUGUCCCACGGCCGGACACGUGCCAAGUGCCACCACCCGCUGCCACGCUGCCCAAGGCCGUGGCAUCUCCCCACGUGACUGUCCCACGGCCGGACACGUGCCGAGUGCCACCACCCGCUGCCACGCUGCCCAAGGCCAUGGAGUCUCCCCACGUGACUGUCCCACGGCCGGACACGUGCCAAAUGCCACCAGCUCUUGCCACACUGCCCCAGGCAUCAGGUGGUGGAGACAGAGGUUCUAGUCUUCUGAGUAGUGAAGGUAGGGGUCGGGGUGGGCUUGAAAGUGCUCGAGGGGUGUUUCCCAUGGGGACAGGAAGCGAGAACAUCAGCGCAGCCAGCAUGGUUGGGGGCCCUCUCCAAGUUCUGAGUGUCCCUCCUGCAAGGGGUGCCGCCAGCAUGGGUCAGGACCUCCCAGCAGCAGCCCCGGAACAACGUCCCACCCAGGGAAUGGCGGACACCUGCGGUUUGGGGGAUUCAAAGGAGCUCCAGCAUCUUGAGGGUCCCGCAGGAGAGGACGCGUCUGAGCCGGCCCACAAGAAGUGUCCGUGGCCGGCAUCAGGAGACAGGCUGGUCCAUGGCAGGGACACCCCAUGGCAUCAUCCCAUGGCCUCGGGGAAUCGACAGACAGGGGACAGCCCCUCAGCCCCUGACCAUCAGCGAGAGCUGCCUGCCCAGGCGGGACACCCAGCGGGUGUCUCGGCAGCUCUGGGGGCCACCCCCAGCGACAGAACCCAGUCUGACAGUUCGACCACUAGGGAAGAGAAGGUCCUAUGUGGGCGCGAGCUCGGGGGGCCGCCACGAGGAGACUCUGCCCAGCCUGGCGCGCAGGCUGCAGGGAGUACCAGCCCUGGCCUCGGCAGUGACAGACCUGCCCCCUUCAUCAAAAGUCCCCAGCCAGUUCCUGGAGCCCCCAGGCAAGAGGCAGCCACAAGGGCCACAGAGAGCCACACUGCACCAGCAUCAGGCAACGUUCUGAAGUCUGUAGACAGUGUGGCCAGAGGGCGGGACCUAGCGCAGGAGCCGGGGGGCUGCCCCCCGCCAGCGCUCCCUAGCUCUGCAGCCGUGGCCCUGACCCGGGCCCCUAGCUCCCCGCACAGCUCAGCGCCAACCAGGUGCAGCGAGCACCUGCUCGAGAGCAGCACCCGUGGGGGUUCAGGGCAGCACUGGCCAGAGCCUGCCGAGUCCCCGGCCGCUGUCUCACUGCAGGCGGCGGACACCCCGCUCAGACCGGCUGAGCCGCGAGCGAGUGUCAUGGCUGAGAGCAAAGCUAGCGUGGUGGCAGUUGGCAGAGGGGCCCCAGUUGUGCACAGGAGCCCCUGGGGGGGGAUCAUGACGCGAAUCCCAGGGGGAGCCCCCCCCACACCCCAGGGCAGUGCUGCAGUGGGGCCUCCACCUUCUGGGAACCAGCAGGCCGAGGAGGACAAGCACAUCCUGCCCAAAGAGCAGGUUCCUCUCAGUGCUGGGGCUCCCUGCCGGCCUCCACCACCUGGAGCAGCAGGAGGGCAGAGGGUGGGCGGGGCACUCCAGAAGGGCCCCGACCCCCAGGCCCACCCACCAUCUGUGUCCCUCAUGAGGGCCUGCGUCCAGGACAGAGUCGAGGUUGGGGACAGGCAUCAACCACGGGCAGGCUCGGGGGGGGCACUGGAGGAAGGGGCUGCCAGACCCGUGAGGCUGGAUUGUCCUCCAGACAGGGGCGUGGCUCUGUGGGGCCAGAUGGCUGGGCCACAGGCUGCAAAAGAGGGUCAAACACAGCCCAAGGAGGUCAAGGUGGGCCAUGGUGCUGAGGUGGGGGCCACCGAGGUGGGGACAGGUCAUCAGUGCACUGAGAAAGGCCCAGAACAUGCACGGGGGCAGCAGGCGAGGCCUGCAGAGAGACCCUCUUGGGGAUACAGUGCCCAGGCUGGAGAGAACCAAGAACCAUCCCCACCAGAGAAGCCGGGGCACCCGGCCCAGGCCCAGGCCAGCAGGACAGCACCCCACAUCGCGGCGGGCCCCACCGACAGCUCAUCAGAAGCAGCGUCUGCUGUGGGUGCGAGCAGGAGGUCCUGCAGACCGGCCCCCAGGGGCAGCCAGGAGGAGGCCGGAGCCCCACACCAGGUGGCAGAAAGCCAGCCUAUGGUGGACAGGAGCCCAUGGUCUUCUGGCCCUGAGCCAGCGCCUGGCUCCGCAGGGCCCACACCCAAGUCCGGGGGCUGCAAGAUGCCCUGUGCCCCAGCCCAGGAGGGACCCCCAGAAACCCCGGAGGCAGAGAGCGGUGCACGGGAACAUGUGCGGCGCGGAAGGCUGGAGCGCUUUGCCAAGUACAGAGCCCAGAGCUUCGGCGACCAGCGGUCCUUUGAUCUGUCCUUCCGACUAACAACCAUCAGGGCCAACGACACGUUCGAACUUCCUAAGUGAGGCCCCAGCUUCCGAACACAGACAUGCCCAGCACCUCUGUUUCUGCACCUCGCCUUGCCCAGCUGCUUCCCUCACACACGCACCCAGAGCGCGGCGAGGCGGACCCUUUUCCCUCUUGGUAACUGGUCCUGGGAGGGUCUGCGUCCCUGAGCUGUGGAGCUCUGCACCAUCUUCCUGGGGCUCACGUGGCUUCUCCUCGGGGACGGAGCAGCAGGGCCGGGGGACGCCCCAGGACGUCCAGGCGCUUGUCCCCACGGGUCCCAUCCUUCACGAUGCUCGAGGGCGCCCAGGUGCAACUGCUGUUUCCACACCGUUGCGCUUGCUGCUGAGCCUGCGGGCGUCUCUUCUAUCCUGUCUUGGUGUCUCGGGCCACCCGGCCCUUUGUGGUGUCAUCUGCCCACGGCAGCCCCGCUGCUCGGCACAGCACAAGAGCUGCCCGUGAAGAGCCCGAGGGGCGGGCGUGGAAGGAGCCCCGGACACCCGCCUCGACCCCACGGGAAGGCACGCAGGCGUGGAUGUUUCCAGACCCACAGUCCCAAGGAAACGGCCCUGCGGGUGCUGCUCACUGAGGACAGGGAACGUCCAUGGAGCCGCGUCCCGUGCCUGCCUGUGGGGCCGCGCCUCCUGUCCCUCUGUGUCCGUGUGUGUUCUUCCUGCGGUCCUCUGCCCCUAAGCCUCAGCCUCCGGUGCGUCCGCCGUCUGGAAUUGUCGGACAUCGUGUGGAAGCGCAGGAAAGGAAAUAAAAUCCCCUGGUAGUCACGUGGCCUUAGGGCAGUUUCUCCUACUGUGGCUGCUUCUCCCUCGCUGUCUCCACAGCACAGCCACACUGGGGGGCACAUCUCGUGUACGGUGUCAAACUCUCAACGCUAUCGCCCACCAGGGUCAGGGCCAUCAGGUGGCCUCAGGCCAGCCGCCAGCUCUGGUGGGAAGGGACAGCGGGAGGGCUGCCCCACACGCGCUGCUCUUAAGACCCCCGGCCGUGGGAGGGGCUUCCCACAUCUUGAUCUCGCAGUGCUGUAGGCUCUCCUGCGGGUGAGCCACGUUCUCAGCAACGCCCACUGGUCCCGUAGACGCUUCCUUGAUGCCUCGGGCUGGAGCCGCGGGAUGUGACCAUGGUGCAUGGAGGGUCUCACGAGGCUAAGCAGGGGCCAGAGGGUCCAUGCGGCCAGCUGUGCUCUGUCCAGCAGUGGACACACUGCCAGCUGCCCACCCCUCAGGCCAGUGGUUCAAAGUCUGGCCAAUGGGCACCUUCUACCACUGUGGGGUCACGAGUCCAGGGUCCUCAGGGGUCGCCAAAAUGUGCCAGGCCUCCUCCGUGGAGCAGAGACAGUGCUCCCGCUGCUCCAUGAGGGCCCGCAGCCUGAUCCCAUGGGACAGACAGUUGCCUGUGUCCCCCGUGCUGCCCAUGCCCUCAUCUGGGCACCUGGGAGCCCGGGGGGACACUUCGCCUGCUGCAUCUGGCUCCUACACAGAGUUGAGGGCUGGCGGGGGACAGGGGCCAUCCCACCUCUGCCGUUGGAAGGGGUGUCCCUUCCUGGGGGCUUGCAGGCUGGGGGGUCUGGCGCCCCUGCCCUGGGAGUCUUGGGAAGGCUGCACGUGGUGGGCUGGCUUCCUGGAGCCACAAACCCGGGGCAGCGCCAGUGCCCACACUCGGGUGCAGGCCCCAGCAGAGCCCGGGGGCCACAUCUGCUCACACCCAUUGCCACAUCCUCCGACGGGGACCACGAGCCACCUCACCUGGCAGGGCACCGCCUUCCUCACUGUCCUCCUCCAUCCUUCCUGCUCUGGUCCAGAGGAUCUGAGGCCAUUUGGCAAAGAAUGUGAUGACAGAAGAGAUAAAAAUAUUAUAUUCACUGCAUGUUCUCCUUUUAAAAUAAGCGGUGGGACUGUGUUGCUAUUUUUAAAUAGACCAGAAAGUCCGCUAGAGAAGACUCAGAGCGGUGUGAGUCCAAGUGGGAACCAGAGCCUCCUCCCGACGCAGCUUCGAACAGUUUGCACACCCAUCUCAGCUCCACGCCUGGCAAGCGCCAGGGGUGACUGUGACCUGCUCAGCCGGGGUGCCCUGCUCCCCGUGCACCAAGUCCGGCCUCGGGGUGCCCUGCCUGUGCUGGAGCAGCUCGCCGCUGCGGGGGCUGGACGGAGCUCCGUGUGUGUUUCCACUACACAGAGGCCAUGCUGGCCCAGGACCCCCAUGGAAGCAGGUGCCUCCACAGGAGGAAGGCCCCCGAGUCCCCAUGCAGCAGAACAGUUGGUGGCAGAAGGGGGGCCACCCAGGCCGUGGGCAUUGGAACAAGGGGACGUGUGUAUGAGCCAGUCGGCCCAUGGGCGCACUGUGCUCUCGCAGCGUCCAUGGACACGAAGGCCUGCUUCAGCCUGCAUGGCUCCUUCUGCUGUUUACGGACCACCCGGGUGCCCAGCCCACCUCGCUGUUGGGGAAUUCCUGUUGGUGAAAACUCCCAGGAACCCACCCGUGUCUCAGGUGUGCCAUCUGCGAGUGCCCGUGGUUAGGAUUCUGCCAACUCAGUGUCUCUUCCUUCUUUGAGUUUCGAUCUUGUAAUUACGUGAUUGUGUAAUAACCCACAGCUGUUUGAUUCCCUGUUCUGUUUUAUCCCCUUUUGUAUACAAAUAUCUCGAAAAUGGGUUUCUCUG